AUGGUUGAUUGCAAGCCUUGUGAUACACCAUGCUUGCCAUACAAUCGAUUACUCAAGGAUAAUAGUUCUCCUUUCAACAAUCCUGCAGCUUAUCGCAAUAUAGUUGGUGCGUUGCAGUAUCUGACUUUUACCAGGCUAGAUAUUGCUUUUGCUGUGCAUCAAGUGUGUCAGUUUAUGCAAGCUCCUAUGGUCUCCCACUACAUUGCAGUCAAGAGGAUCAUGCGCUAUUUAAAAGGUACAAUGUCCUUUGGUAUAUCCUAUUUUGCUCGUGAUUUGCAUUUAAAAGCUUUUAGUGAUGCUGAUUGGGCGGGCGAUCCUAAUGAUCGACGGUCUACAACUGGCUUAGUUGUGUUUUUGGGUGGAAAUCCCAUUUCCUGGUCCUCCAAGAAGUAG